CUUCAUCGUCCUUUGCUUCCUCUCUUUCACCUUAGUCCUGAUAGAUAUUUGAGACUUGACACAAUCAUGGACAUUGCCACCCUCUUCUCACACACACUAUCUCCCAAUGCUACUCUUCGUGAGGAAGCUACUCACAAGUUGGAGCUAUUCGCUCAAGAAAACUAUGAGAAUUACGCGCUUUUAUUAGCCCAACUUUUGGCAAACGACCAAGCAGACGAUGCUAUUCGCCAGGCUGCAGGCCUUGCAUUUAAGAACACGUUGACAGCAAAGGAAUAUGCUCGUAAACAGGAGUGUGCUCACCGCUGGUUAGCUAUGGCUGAAAACGUUAGAGCCAACAUUAAGCAAUUGGCACUUGUAUCCUUGACUGCGCCACGACAGACAGUUGGCAAGAUUUCUGGGCAGGUUGUUGCUGCUAUUGCAGAAAUCGAAUUGCCUAAAUACCAGUGGCCAGAUCUGAUCCAGAUUCUGCUAGACAAUGUGACUGUAGCAAACAACACCAACUUGAAACAAUCCACUUUGCAGGCUAUUGGUUACAUCUGCGAAGCUACAGACCCCGACGUUUUGGCAAAUCAGUCUAACCAGAUCUUGACUGCUAUUAUGCAAGGAGCUCGCAAGGAGGAGACAGAUCAGGAAGUCAGACUUGCUGCUAUGCGUGCUAUGUACAACUCUUUGGAAUUCAUUAAAGCCAACUUUGAACGCGAUUCUGAGAGAAAUUUCAUUAUGGAAGUGAUGUGUGGUGCUACCCAAAGCGAAUCCAGCCAAGUUCAGGCUGUUGCUUUCGAGUGUCUUGCAAAGAUCAUGCAACUUUACUAUGACUACAUGCGUGUUUACAUGGAGUCUGCUCUGUUUGCACUUACCAUCCAAGGAAUGAGAAACCCAGAUGAAAAGGUCCAAUUGCAGGCUAUUGAGUUCUGGUCUACUGUCUGUGAUGAAGAAUUGGCUAUGAAGGAAGAAGCUUAUGAGGCACAAGAUGCUGGUGAAGAACCAGAGCGCACUGUCCAUAUGUUCGCCGAAAGAGCUCUUGGUGAUAUUUUGCCCGUUCUUCUUUGGUUGCUCACCAAGCAAGAGGAAGAUGAAGAUGAAGACGAAUGGACUGUUUCGAUGGCUGCAUCAACCUGUUUAUCGCUGCUGGCUCAAUGUGUUGGAAAUAUUAUAAUUGGACCUGUCGUUCCUUUUGUUGAGAGCAACAUUCAGGAUGCUGACUGGAGAAACCGCGAGGCUGCUGUUAUGGCUUUUGGUUCUAUUCUUGAGGGUCCUGAUAACGAAAUGCUCAAGCCUCUGGUCAAUCAGGCCCUUCCUGCUCUUAUCAGCAUGAUGAGAGAUCCUGUCGUUAAUGUGAAGGACACUGUUGCAUGGACUCUUGGCCGUGUUUCUGAAUUGUUAAUCGACUGCAUUAAACCCAAGGAAUACUUCCACGAACUCAUCACUGCUCUUGUGCUCGGUCUCCAGGACAACCCUCGUAUUGUCAGCAACUGCUGCUGGGCAUUGAUGAGUUUGGCCGAACAAUUGGGUCCUUCUCUUGGUGACGAGGUGCCAACCUCUCCCCUUUCCAUGUACUAUGAGGGUAUUACCACUGCUCUUUUGCAGUUUACCGACCGAUGCGACAACGAGGCCAAUUGCAGAACCUCUGCCUACGAAGCAAUCGCUACUCUCGUCAUGCACUCAGCCAAUGAUUGUAUCACUGUUGUUCAGAGCAUUGCCCUUACCAUAUUGGACCGUCUGGAUGCCAGUGUUUCAUUGGAAAGCCAGAUUGUCGGUUCUGAUGAAAGAGCAGAUCACUCUGAAUUGGUAUCUAGUUUACUCGGUGUUCUUACCAACUGCAUCCGUCGUCUUUCGCGUGAUAUUAGCUUUGUUUCCGAUCGUAUCAUGGCCGUAAUUAUGCGCCUGUUGAGCAACCCUAAGCAAUCUACCGCUACUGAAGAUGCCUUUUUGGCUGUUGGUGCUCUUACCAGCGCUCUUGAGAACGACUUUGAUCGCUAUGUUGAACCUUUUACUCCUGCUCUUUGCGCAGCAUUGCAAAACCCUGCUGAAUACCAACUGUGCUUCAUUGCUGUGGGCAUUAUUGGCGAUAUCUGCCGUGCCCUUGGACCUGGAUGGGCUCCCUAUUGCAAUAUAUUUAUGAACCUCCUGGUGAACAACCUUCAAAGCCCUGUUCUUCACCGUAGUGUAAAGCCAUGCAUUCUGUCUUGUUUUGGUGAUAUAGCACUUGCCAUUGGAGACAAGUUCGAGCCUUUCCUUGAAGUUGUCAUGAUGGUUUUGCAGCAGGCUGGUGGAAUGCGUGCUGAUGCAGACAACUAUGAUAUGAUCGAUUAUGUAAACACAUUGCAAGAGGGCAAUGUUGAGGCAUAUGUUGGUAUUGUUCAGGGAAUGAAUAGCAGUGGAAAAGCAUCCGUAUUGUUGCCUUACGUUCCUAGCAUCUUCCAAUUUAUGUCUUCACUUGCAAUGGACACCAACCGCUCUGAUUCUCUUACACGCUCUUUGCUUGGCUUAAUGGGCGAUCUUGCCGAGACAUUCGGAACCCACUUGAAACAAUUCUACUCUGCAGAAUGGGUUGGCCAUAUCCUGCGUGAGGCUAGAGUGAGCCGUCAUUAUGGACAAUCUACAAAGGAGACUGCUCGAUGGGCUAAAGAGAUGAUUAAGCGGGCAUGCCAGUAAAUAGCUCUCUGUGUAUACAUAUACAAGAUUGAGAAAGUUUGAGGUGACGCUGGACUGGGUUGGUAACGCAUCCCGUUUAUUCUUUUCUAUAUCUUUUUCCUUAAAAUACAUCCCCUUUCUCCUUCCCCCCUUCCCCUUCCCCCCUUUCCCCUUUGAUUAUUCUCUCUUUUUUUUAUUGUAUUCAUACAUGUAUUUUUGCUUUCCUUCUGCGUCGCCCUUUUUCCACCCCCAUAUACUUUGUCCGUUAACUACACUCACGCAAUGAAGCAUUUCUUUUCCUAAACCCCCCAUCCCCAUCCCCAUUAAAAAUAUCCCCUCACUACAAAACGAUAUUUAGUCUAUACAUUCUAAACCUGAGAACAAAAGAAUCGAUUCUCCCUACCUU